UAUGUGUCAACUUCGUAGUGCUGCCAGACUGUUAAAAACGACAAUAUACACAAAGGAUAGAAAUUUUAAAUGUUUAAUUGAAAUUACAUUUCUUGUUACGCAACAAAAUAUACUUGCAUUAUGACUGAUCCGGAACCUAGCGUGGAAACUAAGCUAACUAUGCAGCCGCUUGAAGAGAAGCUGGAAGAACAAGCGAACGAACAGAUGCAUGUGAAAGAAGUGGAUAUUUAUCGUGAUACCUUUUUGCGUUACAUGGGCUACAGCAACGAGGUGGGUGAAGCGUUCCGUCCUUUAUUGCCAAAAUCUAUAAUUGCCGCCUCUUAUGGCAUGGCAGUUGGCUAUGUCUGUACGGAUACAUUUGACAAGGCAUUGCGCCAUCAAAUGGCUGGCGGCUCUGAUCGACAGGUGGCGCUAGUGGGCGCCGAUGUUUUUACUUGGCAAAUGUUUGCGUCAGUUAUAAUUCCUGGAUUGACAAUCAACCGCAUCACUGCAGUCAGCAGAAUGCUGUUGAAGAAGUCGCCCAGUUUAGUGGGGAAGACGUUGCCUACGUUAAUUGGAUUGAUUAGCAUCCCUCUGAUAGUGCAUCCCAUUGAUAAUAUGGUUGAUCGAAUUAUGGACGCCACUUACAGGAAGCUGGUGCGAUAAAUAACAGAAUUCCCGGACAGUUUAUUCAUGAUUGGUGCUACUUGUGUUGUUCAUUCAAGCAUUCCCAAAAU